AUGAAGAUUCUCAAUAUUGCACUUGCAGUGGCCAUUAUGUUGGUCUUUAUUUGUCUUCAGGAGAACUCAGGCAUCCCAGUCAGUGUAACACAAGAACUGGAGGUGAUGACCAACGACAAUCCAGUUGCUGCGUACGACGAGAAAUUUGAGGAGUCCUGGAAGAUGUCGUAUACCAACAGACACAAGCGUGACGUCAAAUGCCGCUUCUGCUGUGGCUGCUGCAGACCCUGA